AUGAAUUACGGUCUUAACGAGCCGGAUCCGUGCUUACCGUUAAUCCUGCCACCGAGGUACCGAUUGCGAGAUCUAAUCCUUGGCGAUUAUGCAUUCAAUGACGAUGGCGAAAGUAAAGAGCGCGGUUCUUGUCCCGAUAUCUGUAUUAUUGGCGCAGUCGCGGAACCAGCAACUGCGCCACAUUAUUGCGAGUCUAACGGUACGGAGUGCUCGUUGUUUAAUCACCGAAGACCUCGUGAUCCCCUAGGCGGAUCCAACGCCUCAUCGGAACCGUUGCUUGAAAUGUCAACGAUGGGAUGGGAGUACGAGCCAUUGUCGGACAUUCCGACACCGAUAGGUGAUGUCACUCCGUCAUCCUCACCACCGAAGGAGACCCUUCAAAAGGUCCACUCCGCGCCGAGGGUUUGCUUUGAGCCGGAUAACCUCGAGGCUACGAGAAGACGUAGCAGCAGCAGGCUCACUUCUAUAAGGAGACGCAGUCGGAGUAUGAGCGCUUGGGGCGAUUUGUCAAGGUGUUCAUUUCGACUUGAUGAGAGAUUCAGUAAUUAUUAA